CGGCAGAACAGGCUAAAGAUGGCGGCUCCGGUGGAGGUGAUGCUCAGCACCGACUCCGCGUCUCCGCUCUGGAACUGCUCCGUGUUCGACCUGGACACCGGCUCCAGCCUGCUGUCCUACCGGGGGGGGACCAGCGCGGCCCGGACGCUCUGCCUGCUGCGGGGGGACUUCCUGCUGUCCGCCCCCCCCGGGAAGAACUUCAUCAACGUGUGGGAGGUGCAGCGGAAGGACCAGCUCCAGCAGAAGAUCCUGGUUCCAGGCGUGGUCACGUGUCUCUCGGCGUCUCCUGACGGCCUCUUCCUGGCCGCUGGGGUGUCCGAGGCGGUCUACCUGUGGGAGGUGAGCUCGGGGAAGCUGCUGUCCGUCCUCAGUCGUCACUAUCAGGACGUCACCUGCCUGCAGUUCACCGACGACGGAAGUCACUUCGUCUCCGGAGCCAAAGACAACCUGGUCCUGGUCUGGGGUCUGUCCAGUGUCAUCCAGUUGGAUUUAAGCCCCGCCCCCGAGCCUCGUCACGUCCUGUCCCGUCACUCCCUGCCAAUCACAGACCUGCAGUGCGGCAUGAUGGGAGCUCAGGGACGAAUUGCCACGGCGUCCUUAGACCAGACAGUUAAGCUCUGGGAACUGUCCUCGGGCGAGCUGCUGCUAUCCGUCCUCUUUGACGUGGAGAUCAUGGCGGUGACCUUUGACCCCUGCGAGUACUUCCUGUUCUGUGGAGGAAGUGACGGGAACAUCUUCCAGGUGUCUCUGUGCAGCCAGAGUCGGGACCGGCAGUUCCAGUCGGACAGCGAGGGGAACCAGGUCUUCAAAGGACACCGGAAUAUGGUGACCUGUCUGUCGGUGUCCAUGGACGGCUCGCUGCUCCUGUCGGGGUCACAUGACGAGACGGUUCGACUCUGGGACAUCCAGAGCAAGCAGAGCGUCCGCUGUCUGUCCCACAAGGGCCCAGUAACCAACGCCGUCAUCAUGGCGGCUCCGGCCAACAUGUUCAUCCCCGACAGUCGUCCGUCCGUCCCGCUGCCGCGCUUCAGCAGACACCUGAUGGUCUCCGAGGGCGACGGCAGCGAGACGGGCGAGGUGUGUGUCCGCCCAGGGCUGCACGCACAGGACGACGAAGAAUCGUACCUGCAGAAAGCCGAACGACUCAACGCUCUAAUGAAUGCCAUGACAGACAAGUCGGUUUUCGGUGACGGAGAAAACUCCAAGGUUCGAGUCGCCGAGUUGGAAGAGGAAGUUCAAACUCUGAAAAAGGUCAACAAGGAUCUGUUCGAGUUCUCCAGUCAGCUGCUCACCAAGCCUUCGUAAGGGGUCCAGGGGGGUCUCUACGGGUCCCAGGGGGGUCUCUACGGGUCCCAGGGGGGUCUCCACUGGUCCAGGAGAGACUCAACCGCCUCCAGUAAAGAUUCCUCGUCAUUGUUUAGUGUUUUUUUAAAUAAAGUUUUUUG